AAGAGGCGCAUCUUACUACCCUUCAAAAGUAAUAUUUCCAGGAAAUGUUAAUGGAUUGUAAAUCUGAGUCAUGUUCUGAAUUUAUAAACUGUCUCAUUUGGUAGAUUCUGAGAUAAAGGGCUUUUACCUUACAAAGGUUUGUAUUAUGGCAUCAAAAACUUUAAUAUCAUGGCCAUUAAUGCAAGAGGGUGCCUAGGGGUUCAUUAAUAACAGUAAUUAAGGACUAAGUGAAGUCCAGUUUGGUCUUUAAUCAUAUCAGUGAUUAACAAAAUUGGAUGACUGUGAAACUUUGAGGCCUGGUUUUAAUUUCUCUUUUAAAAAAUCAUGUAACACAUGAAAUUUUCCUAAAUUUGUGCUUGAAACAUUUGCUAUCAUCCUUGUGAUAUCAUUACACAUUCAAACAGAAAAAGAAACAUUAUGUUGCUGGGCAAUAGGUUUCUGACAGAGGUUCUUUAAGGCAAACCUUAGUCCAAAAAUAAGCACCAAAUAUAGGCAACACUUAUCCGGGACAAGUACUUACAAAUUAAUCUUUUUUGUUAUAGCUGUCAAAUGGAGUGAUGAGUCAAUUGGAGUAAUUGCAUCAAUAUGAUGAGUGUAAUAACAACACAUUCAAUCCUGAUGAUUCAAGCACCUUGCAGUCCAAGGAGGUCCCUAGGGGACCAAUUCAAGGUGUGAGUGCUAAGAAGCAAUAUUAAACAGAAUGGAAUAAUCUGUGGUCGACUAAUACAAACAUCAAAAUCAUGUCACAUGGAAUCGAUUUAUCUCUACUGGAGAUUCUCCUACUGCAUCAUACUCACGAAUGGAGGGUCAAGCGGAAUAUACUUUGCCUCCUUCACUCAAAAAAAAAUACGUCGGCGAGAUGAAGGAUGGAAUGUUUCAUGGAGAAGGUACUUUAUUUUUCUCAAAUGGAAGCAAGUAUGUUGGAAAGUGGGAGAAAGGAAUUGCAGUGGAGGGCAAAUAUACAUUUGCUGAUGGCUUAGAAUAUGAUGAACAGGAUUGGGACUAUUGUGAUGGAUACGACAGGAGAUUUUAUACCGAGAUCUGCCAUGGACUCAAGCCAGCAGGUCGAUCUCAGCUCACAAAUUGUAUUCCACCUCGAGAGAUUCCAGAAGGCUGCUAUGACUGUGGUGAUGGUUUUUACAAUCCUGUAUCAAGAGUGGUUGUUGACUAUGAUCAUGAGUUUCUUCGAAAUGCAGAUGAUGAUGAACAUGAUUGGAUUCUCAAAACAUGCAGAAAAGGCUGGGAUGAAAAUGUGGGAUACAGGCCUGAUCUUAUCAAGUAAAUCCUUGGAAUAACACAGGGACACCAAUAACACUUCCAGUCCAAAGGCAGGUGGAGUGGGAAGUGACAGGCUCCAUGUACUAAUGUCAGUCAUGGAAAACACAUUCCUUCCCUGUUUUGAUGAUUAUGAUAUCAUCUCUAACUGGCAGAUUUCAUUGUUGUAGCAUAAUCAUGUACAUCUUUCAACAGUACUCUAACCCAUAGUGGAAAGCAGAGGAAGUUUUUUGGUUGGCUUGCAGGUUACUGAAUGACUUGCCAGACCACAAUGGGUAUGAAAUUUCACAUUUGUCAAAUAAACCUAGAACUAUGUAAAACUAGUCCAGUGUACAGGCAUAAACUUAAUGCAGUAGAGAAGACAAGGUUUAAAUCUUAGUUGUUUUUACGCUAGAUAUUUUACAUGGAAAGGAAUGCAAGACUGCAUAUAACUUGUAAAUAAACCUAUUUUUUACUUCAAAACCUCCACCAUUAAAAAGAUCAAGAACAAUGCA